UAAAUGUGAAGUACCAUUCACAAGCCAAGACCCUCGAAGUAAGUUUUAAUAUAUUUAAAAGUGCGUAAUCAAUUUGGUGGGCUCAGGACUUUCAAAAUGAAUUAGAGUUGAUGAAGAAACACCAAGCUGGCGAACAAAGGGCACUAGAGGCACGAUUAGAACGUUUGGAAGCCGAGCAGGAGGCCCAAAAAGAAACCAUGGCGAGAUGGCAAGCCGCAAACGAAGUAUUUCAAGCGCUUGGAGAAAUAGGUUGGAGUCAAAUAUCCGGGGAGAGGAAGUAUGAUCUUGCGAACACAAAAGGGAUACACAACUUUACAGAACUCUACUACAACAAGGCUUCCGAUACUACUACCAUGGACGCAUACCAGUCAGUCAACGCUCAAAUCCGCGGAUUCGUCGAUGCUGCCAUAGCAUUGAACAGGGAGGUCAAGGGAGAUCGAGGUCAUGUCGCACACCCAAACGUUACUGUGACGCGCUUGCAGGACGUGCUUGACAGGCUGCGUAUCAAGGGCCCACUUAGGGAUCGAUUGAUUUUCGACGUGUAUACAGAAGCAUAUUUGAUUUCCGUCGACAGUGUAGUUUAGGUUCCUUGAUAUCGCAGUUUGUAUCAUACUAGUAGCAGCCUCAAUGGCACGCUCGAUGUCGUCGAGACGGUUGGCUGUUGCUCCUUUAAGCACGAUUGUCGCUGUACACGUCUUCUCUGUGUGGCUCUGAUACCUGUC